GUCCGGUCGGGCGCAGUGCACUGCACACUAGCAUCUCUUGGAGACUUCUCUUGAUACAAGCAAUUGUUGUCGAAAGAUGAUCUUGGCAGUCGCUCUCUGCUUGGCGGCGGUUGUAGCGCCGCCCCAGCACGCUUACGCCCAGACGUACCACGUUGGCAGAGUCAUCCGACAGAUCAACCAGUCAAACCGAGGAACCUUCUCGAGCGCGUCGAGCGGCUUCCAGAGUGCAGGCGGCGCCGCAGGCUGCAUCUGCGCACCGAUCAUUUUCUGUGCUCAGGAACUCCGUCAGAUUCAACAGCAGUGCGCUUUGCCUGGCAACAUCCCUGGCGUCUGCUGCCCUCCCACGACGCUCGCAGCGUCAGCAUCGGCGCCGGGCACGGGCGACAACAACGUGUUCGCGUCGGCGAGCGUCCAGGUAAACCUACAGCCGCUCGAUAACGGCGCCCUCGCCCAGGCCUUCAAUAAAGGCAUUGCCGAUCUCAGGAACCUGCAGCAAUUAGAAGAGAGGCUUUUCCGGAACAACAUCUUCCUCCAGCGCGGUACUCCCGCCUACGGCCACUUGCGCGUGUUCACCAUCAACCCCCAGGCCAAGCAGAGGCACCUGAACGCCUUCGCUAUCGCCAUGGCAUCUGUUCACAUCAUGGAAGACCUCUCGCUUACGGCUCGCCAGGGAGGUUUUGGACUGCAGCAAAUGGACGUGAGAAACACCAUCCUGGGCGACCGCUGCCCCUCCGUCCCGAACUGUAACCUCAGAAACAAGUACCGCACAGCCGACGGAUCCUGCAACAAUCCACGCCAACCCACGUGGGGCCAGAGCAACACUCCAGUGCAGAGAAUUCUGCCAGCACGCUAUGACGAUGGCGUAUUCAGCCCCCGCUCGCGCUCCACGGAUGGUUCGCCGCUGCCCAACCCGCGCGUGAUCGCCAGCAAUGUCCUGGUGGACGUCGACAACCCCGACCAGCAGUUCACUUCCUCCGUCAUGCAGUGGGCGCAGUUCUUGGACCACGAUUUCGCGCACAUUCCUUUCCCUGUCAUGGGAAACGGCGAAGGCAUCGAGUGCUGCCCCGGGGGCCGCGAGGCACAGGGUGACGACCGCCACCCGAUGUGCAUGCCAAUCAACACUGCCGACGACCGCUUCCUGGCACCGAGAGGCAGCUCCUGCAUGAACUUUGUCAGGAGCAUGUUUUCUCUGGAAACUUCUUGCAACUUCGGUCAUGCUGAACAGCUCAAUCAACUCACGCACUGGAUCGACGGCUCCAACGUGUAUGGCUCCACGCUGGAGGAGCAGAGGGCGCUGCGCACCGGUCGCGGUGGCCUCCUCAAGACCUCGGGCAACAACAUGCUGCCGAUCAACCCUGACCAAGGCGGUGACUGCACGGCUGGCGACCGGAACGCUCUGUGUCUGCAGGCGGGCGACUCGCGCGUGAAUGAGCAGCCGGGCUUGACGGCCAUCCACACCCUCUGGUUGAGGGAGCACAACCGCGUCGCCCGCACGCUGCAGCAGCUCAACCCUUCCUGGCCGGACGAGGCCGUGUUCCAGCAGGCGCGCAGGAUCAUCGUUGCCGAAAUGCAACACAUCACCUACAACGAGUGGCUGCCCAUCAUUGUCGGGCCCAAUUUCAUGCGAGAAUUCGGCAUCAAUGUGAGGAACAGCGGAUUCAGCUUCGAUUACAACCCCAACAUAAACGCCAACAUGAACAACGAAUUUUCUACCGCUGCCUUCCGCUUCGGACAUACAUUGGUACAGGGGACGCUAAGACUGUUCUCUGGAGACGGAUCUGUGAGCACUAUUCAGCUGCGUGACCACUUCAACUCGCCUCACCUGAUAUCCCGACCAGGCAUGCUGGAUCCCAUUGUAAGGAGCUUCACGCAACUCGCCAUACAGAAAUUCGAUCCCUUCAUUACUCAGGAUCUUACCAACCACUUAUUCCAAACUCCACGCUUCAACUUCGGAAUGGACCUUAUGAGCCUGAACAUUCAGCGUGGUCGCGAUCAUGCCAUCGCCACGUACAAUGACAUGCGCCAAAUCUGCGGCCUCAAGCGGGCAAACAACUUCCAGGAUAUAACGGAUCAGAUCCCAACACCGAUCGCGCAAAAUCUGGCGCGGGUCUACAAGAGCGUGGAUGACAUCGACUUCUUCGUAGGCGGCAUCUCCGAGCGGCCUGUGUCAGGUGGCCUACUCGGAUGGACGUUUCUGUGUGUGGUGGGCGAUCAGUUCGCCAGACUGAAGAAGGGAGACCGAUUCUUCUACGACCUUGGAGGCCAGCCUAGCUCUUUCACUGAAGCUCAACUUCAGGAGAUUCGCCGUAGUUCUUGGGCAAGAAUCAUCUGUGAUAACUCUGACAACAUCCAGGCCGUCCAACCGCUCGCCUUCAUGCUCACCAACACGCGCUUCAACCAGCCCAUCGCAUGCGACAGCCCCGUUAUCCCUAGGCCUAACCUCGAGGCCUGGCGCGGGGAAGUACCUUAGCUGUCCCUCCCCGGCUCGAGUCGAGGAGAAAAGCCAGAGGAAGACUCCGAAAGAAGAUGGAAACGUGGGAGAGGCUCGAUUUUGCAUUAGAUGUUAUCAAACCUUUUGAGGAUUAGCAAGAGAACUACAAUAAGGAAUGAAAAUGAGCAGUUGCAGACCACAUGUCUCAUACAUUUUCUAAACAUGCUUAUUUCAUUGAUAUUAAAAUUUUACAUUGAAGAAUAUUAAGUUCGAUAAAUGAUUAUGUUCACUCGUUUUUCCUAAUAACUGAAAUUAUCAAGCA